AUGGGUUUGAAGAAAAAUUUGGCCGUUGCUGGCUUGGCUUUGUUACAGGGAAGCCUCGCUGCUUUGCAAAUUGUCCCGGCUGCGACGUGGACAGCAGCUGGUACAAACCAACACGUCCAGGCUCAUGGCGGAGGAAUAAUCGAAGUCGGCUCUAUCUACUACUGGAUUGGCGAGAACAAGUUGAACGGAAGUGCCUUCCAAUCUGUCAAUUGUUAUUCCAGCACCAACUUGGUGGAAUGGGCCUUUGUGGGAGAACUGCUCUCCCUCGAAAGAAGCGGAGACCUCGGUCCAAAUCGAAUCGUUGAGCGUCCCAAGGUGAUUUACAACGAUGCAACAUCUACAUAUGUGAUGUGGAUGCACAUUGACAGCAGCAACUACGGGGAAGCAAAGACUGGCGUUGCGGUAUCUUCCAGUGUUUGUGGCAAGUAUAACUACUUAGGCUCAUUCCGGCCCUUGGGCUUCCAGUCGCGCGAUAUAGGUCUUUUCAAAGAUGAAGAUAGGUCUGCCUAUCUUUUAUCAGAGGAUCGCCCAAAUGGGUUGAGAAUUGACCGAUUGACUGAUGACUACACCAACGUUACGUCCAGCACAUACUUGUGGCCCCAGCAUAUUGAAGCUCCAGCUAUAUACAAGAAGGACGGCGUGUAUUUCAUUUUUGGAUCCCAGUUGACAGGAUGGGCUACAAAUGAUAACAAGUACAGCACCGCUACGAACCUGAAAGGUCCUUGGAGUGCCUGGGCCGAUUUUGCCCCUGCCGGCACGAACACCUUCAACUCCCAAACUACAUUCAUCCUGGGAGUAGGCAAGAAUGUGAUGUACAUGGGCGAUCGAUGGCUCUCCUCCAACCUCAUGGCAUCAACUUACAUCUGGCUUCCACUGACCCUCUCUGGAACGACCGCGACCCUCACCGACGAAGAAAGUUGGAUUAUCUCCGAACAGCAGCCCUGGACACCGUCCCCUGCAAAAACCAUCCCCGAAGCAGAAUCUCCCUCUAACACGUUAUCCAAGGGAGCUGUGAUCCUCUCCUGCAGUGGCUGUUCUGGCGGAAAAUCGGUAGGAUAUCUAGGAGGCACCAGCAAUGGAACCCUCCAGUUCAGCGGCAUCUCCAGUAAUGAUACCUCGAAAACUACAGUUCAGGUGAGGUACGAGAAUGGGGAUACAAAACAGCGGUACGCAACAGUGACGGUGAAUGGGAAAUCGUACGUUCUGGCAUUUAUCCCUUCGACAAAUGGAAAUACGCCUUUCUCGUCGACGCUGAAUGUUGAGCUGCAUGCUGGGGAUUCGAAUGCUAUUACUAUCCGCGGAUAUGAGGAGGGAUGGGGCCCGGACGUCGAUUGCUUGGUGGUUCCAGAGCGGUAG